AUGGGAAGCGAGCAAAGACUGUGUGCUCGUGCUGGUCUCGUUGAUACCACUCUUGGUAUGGAGCAAACAAAUCGAGUGACUGUGACACUACCACCGGCAGGAUCGCGACUCAUCUACUUACUUCAGAAAGGGUUCUUGAUGGAGGUUGUGACAGCAAAGAGUCGGGAGCUGGUCGCUCGUUCUUGGCAUAUCGAGAGGGACGAGUCUUCUUGGCGGGUACUGAAAAUUUCAAAUUUUUACAUUCUUUUCAUUUCGCUCUCGAAUGUUAGUUCGCUGAGAGUAGGUACAUCGAAAGUGCAAGCGAAGAUGACGCGUUUUUCGCCGAACAUGUCUCUGCGAAAACACGUCGCGGCACUCUUGGUCCACCUCCUUAUGGUGCCAUCAUGUCACGCGACGGGCAAGCGGCCUAACAGAAACCACGAGCGGAUCGAGGGGCUGCCUCCCGGACUAGUUUCCUCUGGUCCGAUUGUGAUCCGGCUUGAUGGGCCGGAUUCACCCUUCGGUCCCGGGGGGCAAGACCCGUUUGCGGCUUUUGUGCAGGACCUGCUGAGCACCCCUCCGAGGCCCAAGAAGGGCGGCAACCUGCGAGGGUCCAACAGUCUCCGCCGCGGCGGCGCCGGCGGCGGCCCGACACUGAUGCUGCCGCUGCCGCUUUUUGGCGGCCUCCUAGCUGACGAUGACUCGGACGAGGACAGCACCGACGGGGGCCCCUUUUCGCCGUUUUCCCUGCUAACCGGCGGCCUGCAGGGCUCGCCGCUCUUCGGCGGGGGCGGUUUUCUCGGACCGCGCAGGGGCCGCGGCGGGAUGGGCCUUGUCUCCGAAGAAACGGAAAUCACGAUGACGCCGCAGGGCAUGCGGAAAAAGACCAUCCGCACGGACGACGACGGCACGGUCACCGUGACAACGGUGCAUCCCGACGGAACGAAGGAAGUGCAGGUGACAAAAAAUCCACGCAAGCAGAAGCAAAAUCAAGCAGGGGGUGCGAAACAAGAGGACAGCAGUAAAGAGCAGCAUCUUCUUGCGGGUUCGCAGCCCUCGUCGGCCCCUGCGAAGAUGAACAAGGACGAUAGUGCUAGUAGCAGCAGCACAACGGCAGCGCCAAAGGUUGGUGUCGAGUUGCAGCACUUCGUGGAUCAUUUCCCGAUGCACCCCAGCUUUUUCCAGCCUGACGAGGUGUCCAAGGUGGAGACCAGCGGCAUGGACUUGAGUCUCGGCCCAAACUCGGCCGGCGACUCGAGCGGCGACGAGCUCUUCGGCGACCUCAUGCUCAAAACCAUGCUGGAAAGCUUGGGACAGGCUAUGCCGGCGGCGUUGCUGCGGCAAAUGGGUGAAGCGCACCAGCAGGAGCAGCAGGCGAAGGAACGCGAAAACAAGAAAGCCGAUCGUGAUCCAGCACCGACUUCUAGUAGUACUAGUGAGAACCAGGACCCGGCAUCUUCACCGCAGCAAGUAGGGGGAGAACACGAUCCCUGCGCGAAUGAUCUCAAGAAGUUUUCCUGUGCGAAUACCGCCCACCGGUUGCACUGUCUCGGCAAGCACGAAAUGCUGUUAAAAAAGGAGUGCCGCGAUUCGAUUGCGAAAGCCGUCCCGUUUGUGUGCCACUCCCAGAUCGAUCAGUACAAGUGCCCGGCGGAUUAUCCAACAAGAAAAAGACUGUCCCAGUCUACUCAAACCUUUGCAGUACAUCCAACCAGCAACGCUAUGAAUUCGUUCAGCGUGGUGACACACAAAACCUGUGAUGCGUCAGACACAAGAGAAAACACAUACGAAGCGCGCUCUAUUUCUUUCAUGAGAAAAAUGUGGAGCUGCAUGGCAUCGAGAUAUGGAGAUACACCCGAAGCAAGGAAUGCCCCCAUUUUGCAGUUGCGACUGAAAGACUGUUGCCUUGUGAUACGAAUGGCAGCGUGUUGGACUGCCUGAGCAUGCACGAGAGCGUACGCAUGGAAAAAGUAUCGUGCUAGGAAGUAGUAUAGCUCGUGUCCGUGGUGUGACAAGUUGGAUUCUGUCAUGCACACGCCAAUUUAGCUCAUGAUUAUGCAUGGUCGCGAUUACUACGAGCGCGAUACUUUUGCAGCGCAUAGAGAGACCUCGCGGGCAACUGUCGGGACUCCGUCGACAUGACGCUCCAUCUUACCAGGGCCGUCCAGGCGGCAAAGAAGGUCUUUCUCGCGCACGCCACCGACCACAGCCAAAUCGCCGCCGGGAACACGGACGAUUUGUUUUCGGUCGUGAAAAAUUCCUUCGCUUCCGACCCUACUUCGCGCUGGCACUCCAUCUUCGUGCUGCUCAUGUACGUCCUGCUCGGCGCUGCCUUCGGUCUGCUGCUCUGCUACCUGCGCGGCAAGGUACAGGUUGCCGGCGGCCACAGAAAAGUGAAAGCGAGCACGGGGGCGGAAAAAAUGAUGGAGCUCCAACUGAAGCAGAACCACACUCCGUACGACUCGUGCGACAUAGAAGAGAAGAUGGCCUGAACAAAGUAGAGCGGAGCUGUCUCUUCUGCCAAUGUUUGCUGACUGACCUAACAUAAGAAGCAAGAUCAAUCAGAAACGACGUACACGACGAUCGCAAAUUAUUAGACGAGGCUCACCGCUGCUGGAUUUGUAUAGUCUUUACGUAAAAAAGUACUUCGCUAAAAGAAAGGCCUUCAAUCCUUGAUUGUGAGUCUACGCGAUGGAUUGUAACUUUGCAGUUGCGUUUUUCUUUAAUCGGAGACCGAGAUAAUUUGUUUGAAGCUAGAAACCAGAAGAAAGUAGAUCAAGAUCUCUUGACCAAAAUUAAAGUAGUACUGGAAGGAGCGCGUCGCGAUUCGGAAGUUUGGUUUCGUAGAAAAAAACAAGAAACACCAGACAAUGAGGCAGGCGACCCCGCCAGCGAGCGCGUGAACCUGAACGCGUCAGAACGACAGAAGAGUGAUGAAGAAGAAGAAAAAUUCAUUGUAAUGCACUUAAACUUACACUGACUUAGCCAAGCGGCGGCGCUCAGAU